AUGGCUUCGACUGAGAGUCAAAUGACCGUUCCUGUCUCCUACGACAGUGACCCCGAGGAGAUACAGGAUGCCGGAAUGUUACAGCAAAAUGCGGACUCGGCCCUGGAGGACUUCAUCCAUGACUACCCCCGAACGAACGUCGCCUUUGGGGCAGAAUCGCCACCCCGGUUGCGCAACCCGGUCGUGAUUCCCCAGCGGCGGCCAGGAAACAAAGAACGCGGAUUCAUCAAGGCGUAUGCGCCGGAUCUCGAGGAGUUCGGCAUUGACGAGGAGUCGUUCCUGGCAUUUAUCCGAGCGACCAACAAAGCGGCCCAAGCAUCCAAAUGGCUUUAUGCCAUUCAGGUGGCGGCAAUGGGAACUGGCUUCAUUCCCAAUCACAUUGCUCUGGGUGUCUCGGCGGCGGUGCAGAUCAUCGCUGGCAUCGUCGCCAAAGCGGAGACAAGGUGGAAAACAAACUCGUUCAUGGACCGUAUGAAUGACGAGUUCUUUCGGCCUAGGGGACUCUACUGCCUCAUCAUGUCAUACAAUCCCAUCGCAAUGGACAAGAAGGAAAAGAUCGAUCCCUCCCAAGCUAUAUCAGAUCAUGGAAGCUCGUCGUCCCAGUCGGGACUUCUCGACACAGCCAAGCGGAAACUGCGCAGUCCUGCGGCGGGUGUGUCCCAAGGCCAAGAGAGCCUUCCAGAAUCUGUGGCAACGUUGGUAUAUCCGGACGUAUCCAAGCCAACGACAUCGCCGUCCUCUGGGGCAAACAAGAAGAAAAAGGCAUUCGCCCGAUUGAACGACUAUUUUGAUAGGCGAGCACAGGCGCGCUACAUUGACAGGUGGGAGCAGGCUGCCGAGAGCAAAGGCGACGUCCUCUCUGCACCGCAGAGGCUCUUUUCGAAUCGAUUCCUGGAUCCAAACCACCCCGCCAGCAAUGGAGGACUGCUUGGCCUUUUAUCCGGAGGAAAGUUGACGCCCAAUAUGGAGAAGCAAAAAGAGAGUAUGCGGUCGGCCAUGGCCGCCCAGGAGCAGGCUAUCCGAGACCAGCAGUCUCUCCAAAUGGCCAACCUCAACCAAGUGCUGCAGGGCAUGGGCCUGACCCCCGAGCAGCAGCGGGACUACGUGAAGCAGUAUGAACAGGCUUACGAGAUGCAACUGCAGCAGUUUCAACAGCAGUCUGAGCUUCUUGAACACGGUCAGCGCCGCAUAAAUCGGAACAUACUUUACCUUCUUAUCGUCAACAUGCCAACAGGGGCCGAGUUGGAAGCCGCGCAAAAUCAAGAGUUGCCGUCAAACAAUCAACAGAUCACAACGAACAAUGUCGUUAUCACGGACGUAAAUGUAGAGUAG